AUCUGGAAACCUUAAUGGGCUAGGUAACUGCUACCUUCAUGCAAUGAACUGAGAAAGGCAACAGAACCACCUCGUGGAUCGGAACCUACAGGCAAUCCACCACCCCCCUUCAUAACAAAAACAGGGAGUUGUGUGCGGCUUUCCUUUGACAUUUGACGAGAUGCUGGCGCAUUAGAGAAGAAAGCCCACCACCGGUAUUUAUUUUGGAAAGCGAAAGCACUUUCAUCACUGACUGAGCUACCUCAGAAUCCACAAGCCAAUUGAUCGCUGUCAGAUUUGUGUUCUGCUCUCGUGCAAUUGGGGAUUUCCAUCGUGGGAGAAGCUGCACCCUCUAGCCUUGGCUGUCUGCUUUCCAGAGUGGGAGACGACACGGCGGUCACAUUUCUAUUACACAUCUGCCUGAGAGUGUUGGGGUUCCUGUCACCUGGAUCCAUCCCCGGAUCUCACUAUAUCAGCCAACCAAAGACAAUGGUGCACUGUGCGGGAUGCGAGAGGCCCAUCCUGGACCGCUUCUUGUUGAACGUUUUGGACAGGGCUUGGCACGUUAAGUGCGUUCAGUGCUGUGAAUGUAAAUGCACCUUAACAGAGAAAUGUUUUUCCAGAGAAAGCAAGCUUUACUGUAAAAAUGACUUCUUCAGACGUUUUGGUACCAAGUGUGCUGGCUGCUCCCAGGGAAUCUCCCCCAGUGACCUGGUCAGGAGGGCAAGGAGCAAAGUGUUCCACUUGAACUGUUUCACGUGUAUGAUGUGUAACAAACAGCUCUCCACUGGAGAGGAACUAUAUAUAAUUGAUGAGAACAAGUUCGUCUGCAAAGAAGAUUACCUAAAUAACAACAACGGUGCCAAAGAAAAUAGUCUGUAUUCCCACCUGACAGGCAGUGACCCCAGUUUAUCUCCUGACUCCCAAGACCCAUCUCAAGAUGACGCAAAGGACUCUGAAAGCGCUAACAUCUCUGAUAAGGAGGCUGGGAUUAACGAAAACGAUGACCAGAACCUGGGGGCAAAAAGGAGAGGACCCCGUACCACUAUCAAAGCCAAACAGCUGGAGACUCUGAAGGCUGCAUUUGCUGCUACACCAAAACCAACCAGGCACAUAAGGGAGCAGCUGGCCCAGGAGACCGGCCUCAACAUGCGGGUCAUACAGGUGUGGUUCCAGAACCGGCGCUCCAAGGAGAGGCGGAUGAAGCAGCUGAGCGCCUUGGGAGCCCGCAGGCACGCCUUCUUCAGGAGUCCAAGGAGAAUGAGACCGCUGGUGGACCGCUUGGAGCCUGGGGAGCUCAUCCCCAAUGGGCCCUUCUCAUUCUAUGGAGACUACCAGAGUGAGUAUUAUGGACCGGGAAGCAACUACGAUUUCUUUCCUCAAGGACCCCCCUCAUCACAAGCUCAGACCCCUGUAGAUUUGCCCUUUGUAACCUCCGGACCAGCAGGCACGCCACUUGGUACAAUGGAGCACCCCUUACCUGGACAUCACCCUUCUAGUGAGGUACAGCGUUUUACUGACAUCAUGUCUCACCCGCCAGGAGACUCCCCCAGCCCAGAGCCCAACCUGCCCAGCUCAAUGCACUCCAUGUCCGCAGAGGUGUUUGGUCAAAGUCCCCCUUUCUCCUCUCUAUCAGUCAAUGGGGGAGCAACUUACGGGAAUCACUUGUCACAUCCACCAGAAAUGAAUGAAGCGGCUGUCUGGUAGCUUGAGAACCAACAGACGGACUAACAAUAAGACUGGUGCCAAAAGCCAUCUCGGUUGACAUUGCUCUGGCACACACAAUUCCCCCCUGAAACAAUAUCUGUCUGGACGGAGUCUGCCGGGCUCUUGAAAAGAAGGAGACAAAUUCGCAAUCACACUGGACAAAAAAUAAUAAAAUACAAAAACUGGCGAAGCUGCAAUCCCAGUAGAUCACAUCCAUUAUCCCAAUAGAUGGUAGGCAAUACCGAUUCCAUCAACCCCACUAGACAACACAAAUUAUAUAUAUAUUAAGGAUUGACCUAGUCUGGUCCAAUAUGUCCAUUUUCUGCAAGCCAGUAGAAGCUUCAGAAUAGCUAAAAACCUGACUUCCAGGUGGAGACAGAACAUUUGUUUGCCAAAAUAUGAAAUACAAAAAAAAAAUGUAAAAGCCCUCAGCAUCAACUCUUCUACCUUGACAAAGCUACUGACACAAAUAAAGGAUCCUCACCAUGAAGGUCUGCUGUCAGACCUGUUCUGACUUGAAAAAAAGAUUCUACCUUCACUGACAGCGGAAACUAAAAGACUAUUGAACUCAAAACAGUCAACUGUUUACGUCUGACGUUCAAUUCAGGAGCCUAACGUUUUAGUAAUAAUCCACUUUUAGAAACCUCUGUUCAUAACAACCAAGCAAAACGUUUUGAGCAAUCAACCAAAAUGAUUCAUUCUUUAGUUUUUGUUUUCUGUGGAUGUAACGGGACUGAAUGAAGAAAGAGCGUUUUUUUUCCUUUCUUUUUUGUUUUUUUUGGUACUCUGUGCUAGUUUUGUUAGAAGAUUGUUUACAGAAGGCAACAGGAAGUGAACAAAACGUGAGGUGCCAAAUCAAAUA